GGGCGCCCUGCCGACAUCCGGGAUAUUGUUCCCAAUGACCGACCUCUUUAACGUUGUGGACCCGUGAUAUUGAUUUGUCGCCAUGGGCCGCGUCAUUCGUGGACAGCGUAAGGGCGCUGGAAGCGUCUUCAAGUCCCACAACAAACACAGGAAAGGACCGGCCAAGCUGCGCUCACUAGACUAUGCCGAACGCCAUGGGUACAUCAAGGGAAUCAUCAAGGACAUCAUCCAUGACCCAGGCCGCGGGGCUCCCCUGGCCAAGAUCGUCUUCAGAGACCCUUACAGAUACAAGAAACGAACAGAGCUGAUGGUGGCUGCCGAAGGCAUGUUCACCGGACAGUUCAUCUACUGCGGCAAAAAAGCUGCCCUUACAAUUGGCAACGUCCUCCCCAUUGGCUCGAUGCCAGAAGGCACCAUCGUCUGUGCCCUGGAGGAGAAGACAGGCGAUCGCGGCAAGGUUGCCCGGGCCUCGGGCAACUAUGCCACCGUCAUCGCUCACAACCCCGACACCAAGAAGACCAGGGUCAAGCUCCCCUCCGGAGCCAAGAAGGUCAUUCCUUCGGCCAACAGAGCCAUGGUUGGAAUCGUCGCUGGUGGUGGUCGUAUUGACAAGCCCCUCCUGAAGGCCGGCCGAGCGUACCACAAGUACAAAGCCAAGCGUAACUGCUGGCCGCGUGUGCGAGGUGUGGCCAUGAACCCUGUGGACCAUCCCCACGGUGGUGGUAACCAUCAGCACAUCGGUGCACCGUCCACCGUCAGGAGAGACACCUCAGCUGGUCGCAAGGUCGGUCUGAUUGCUGCCCGUCGUACCGGUCGUCUGCGUGGUACCAAGAAGAUCCCAGUGGGUGACAAGGAAUAAGGCAGUUGCCAACCACCCGCACCUCAACAGUAGACCAACAGAACUGAAUUUAUCAAAGUGCAUGUAUUGUAACGUUGGAUUGAACACAAACCGGAUACAUGUAUUUCUGUUUCCAUAACACAAAGCAUCUGCAUUUUGAACGAUUUGCACUGCAAUAAAUACAGAGAGUAUACAGCAGA